GGGCCUGUCAACUUUGUAUGAUAGCGCCGAGUGUGUUUUGGUUUCGCUCUGCGUGUUUUCUCUGGAGUCUGGAGGAUGACACCUGCUUAUUUGAUGUGCACAAAGAGAAAGAGUUAAGAGAGAGGGAGUUGAUGGGUUCUGCUUAUUUGGCCCACCGCAUCCGUCCGUCUGUUUUGGUAGUUGGUUUACCCGAAAGCGAAUGUUGAAAGCUGAAGAAUCUCUUCUUUAAAAUUUGAGAGAUUAAUCUCCCAAUUGUUCCCAGACAGAAAAAGAGAGAGAGGGUAUAUGAGUAAGACACCCAGUAAGACUUCAAUUUUGGGUUUGUUUUGAAGGACUGUGUGUGAUUAAUUUCGGGUUUUCAGGGUCCAAUGGCUGCUAACACUGUUCCAGUGGGUUUGGACAAGGAACUGAUUUUUGGUAUGGCAGAGGAGGAGGUGGAGUACAGGGUUGAGUUGUUUAACAAAGAGAAAACCCCUCAUGAUUUUUAUAAUUUGGACAAUCUUAUACAUCAGUUUAUGGGAAGUAGCGCGAGCGUCGGAGCCAAAAAGGUGAAAGCUGAAUGUCAACAGUUCAGGGAAUAUUAGAAGGCCAUGCAGGGAUUCCUCUUACAACAACUUCACUGGGAAAGCUCAAGCUCACUUCCUACUCAAUGUGAUAGAGGGAGUUUGUGAUGUUGGACAAUGGGAAUCAGACCUAGGAGAACAGUUUCAUAUAUGGACCUCCAAGGGGAAGGACACCACAAUCAGAGACCACGGUUCAGUGCUAUGAACCCGCAACCAUGAAAUACUUGGGAGAUUACCCUGCAUUGACACCUGAUGAGGUCAAGGAGAGGGUAGCACUAGCAAAGAAGGCACAAAAAACAUGAGCAAAGAGUAGCUUCAAGCAAAGACGCCUGUUUCUUCGUAUUAUUCUCAAAUAUAUAAUAGAACACCAAGACCUUAUAGUGAGUUCAAUUAGAAAGAAAACAAUUGAUAAUUUUCUUGAAUGGAGUUAUACUACCUGCAAGACCUUAUAGUGAGUUCCACAAAGCUUUGCAUUCUUGAACCUCCGACCAAUACCCACAUUCCUUCACACUGCAUUUCAACAUCAGCUUUGUCACUCCAGACUUCACAAUUUCAUAUGCAUCUAGUUAUCUCCUGUGCAAUCUUAGGAAUAUCUGAUGACAGUAGAGGUGCAAACCAUUCAGAAGCCCUACUAUAUUAGAUUUGCAGCAAGUGAAGAUGGAUUUGCAGCAUGCCCUACUGUAUCAAGAUCAGCCAGAGCAAGUGAAGAUGGAUUUGCAGCAUGCCAUUACUCGGGCUCCUCAACAAAUCCACCUCGAUCAAUCACUUUCUUUCCGAUCGUUCGGUGCCCGCGCACGUACACCAGCUUGGAGUGGUUUCAUGCUCAAUGCGCCCACCAAAAGAGAUGAUAUGCUGCAAUCGGUACAGUUCUGCACUUCCAGGGACACCAUAAAAGGGAAUGAAGAACAAUUGAAGGAUGUUGAUGGAGACUAUUUAGUGUCCAAAGAAAGCAAGUUUGAAUUGGGUUUCUUCAGCCCCGGAAAUUCUAGCUACAGGUACGUUGGAAUUUGGUAUUCUCAGACUAGAGUAUCCACUAAAACGGUGGUGUGGGUUGCAAACCGGAACAAUCCCAUCAAUGAUACCUCUGGUGUGCUCACAAUAAACAGAUAUGGAGAACUAGUCCUUUAUGCUUAUAACAUGGAGAGCACUCCUAUUUGGUCUACUAAUGUGUCGCGGUCGGUUCAAAAUGCUAACACGAGCACUUUAUCUGCACAGCUUUUAGAUACAGGAAAUUUAGUUGUGUUCCAGGCUGAUAAUAAUGAAAGCUAUGUAUGGCAAAGUUUUGAUUAUCCUACUGAUACUUUAAUUCCAGGUAUGAAAGUUGGGGUGAAUUGGAGAACCGGGCUGGAAUGGGUUUUAUCAUCUUGGAAGUCACAAGAUGACCCUGGAACUGGGGACUAUACCUUAAGGCUCUAUCCAUAUCAGAUCGCAUCCCCCCAAUUUUUUAUGUACAAGGGUUUAAAUAAGUAUUACCGAACUCAUCCAGGGCCAACGCCUGGUUUGGUCACUAGUCAGGAGGAAACUUAUUAUUUCAUGAAUGAAACCAAUGCAAUUACAAGAGUAACAGUGACUAAUUCUGUGUUGGAGAACCUUCAUUGGGAUGAUGAUGGCCUUCAAUGGAAGGUAGACUUAUCUGCACCGAAGUCCCGGUGUGACGGUUAUGGAAAGUGUGGUGCCAACAGCAGAUGUAGCCCUGACAACGUUAGUGUGUUUGAGUGUGCAUGUUUAUCAGGGUAUGUGCCUAAUUCUAUAAGUGAUUGGAAUCAGAGAAAUGGGUCAGGUGGAUGCGUGAGUAAUCGACUUGGUUUGUUGAAGUGUGGAGAUGGAGACGGGUUUGUGAAGGUGGCAAGAGUUAAAUAUCCAGACACAUCGAUAGCAGCACGGUUAAAAUCAGGAAUGAGUGCCAAAGAGUGUGAGCAGGAGUGCCUAAGAAACUGUUCUUGCAAAGCAUAUUUGAGCACUGAAAAUGAAGGGAUUGUUGAUUGCUUGACAUGGUAUGAUGACUUGAUGGACGUUUUAACGUACACAGAGUUUGGACAAGAUCUCUACGUUCGUGUGAAUGCAACCGUGUUAGCUGCAAAUGCCGGAAGAUCACAAGGUUUCUUGGAAAGGAGGGGUAUGCUGGCCAUUCCAAUACUGUCUGCUGUGCUGGCAUUGGUACUAAUCAUUUUGCUUCUCUAUUGGUGGCGUAAGAAGAACAGGAACACAAAAGGCAUAGAUUUUGUGGAGGCAGAGGAGCUUGAGGAAGCUCAGAGACACCCCGAAUUGCAAUUUUUCGAUCUUGACACAAUAAUAGCAGCCACAGACCACUUCUCUCAUGUCAAUGAACUAGGCCAUGGUGGUUUUGGCUCUGUUUUUAAGGGUCAGUUACCAAAUGGACAGCAGAUUGCUGUGAAAAGAUUGUCCAAAACUUCAGGACAAGGGAUGGAGGAAUUCAAAAAUGAAGUUGCACUUAUAGCAAGACUUCAACACAGGAAUCUUGUGAAACUUUUAGGCUGUUGUAUAAAGGGAGAAGAAAGGAUGUUAGUCCUAGAAUACAUGCCUAACAAAAGCUUGGACUCCUUUCUGUUUGAUAACAGAAGACGAUCCUUCUUGGAUUGGAAAAAGCGAUUUGAAAUUAUCAACGGGAUUGCUCGUGGGAUUUUGUAUCUUCACCAAGACUCAAGAUUGAGGAUUAUCCAUAGAGACCUAAAAACUAGCAAUGUUCUACUAGAUGAUGAGAUGAACCCAAAAGUUUCUGAUUUUGGCAUGGCUAGAAUAUUCCAUGGGGACAAACUGCAAGAUAAGACGAACCGAAUUGUCGGAACAUAUGGCUACAUGUCACCAGAGUACGCAGUAUUUGGCAGAUUUUCCACAAAAUCUGAUGUCUUUAGUUUUGGGAUCAUAAUGUUGGAGAUUGUAAGUGGGCGAAAAAACAAUAGUUAUGAUCUGGAGGAUCCUUCCGUGAACUUAAUAGGACGUGUUUGGGAGCUCUGGAGAGAAGGUAGAGCAUUAGAUAUUGUUGAUUCGACACUGAAGUCAUGUCAGCCUAAUGAAGUCAUGAAAUGCAUACAAGUUGCGCUCUUGUGUGUACAAGAAGAUUCAAAGGACCGACCUGCCAUGUCAGCCAUUGUUAUCAUGUUGAGUGGUGAAGCAUCUCCUCCAUUGCCUAAGCAGCCAGCAUUUGUUUACAGAAGAGAUUCUGGCGCUGAUGUUGAUCCAUUACUUCCAAACGGAUCUUAUUCUAUAAACGACUUGACAAUAACUACAAUGGAAGCUCGAUAAUUAUGCAAACUUAAAACUCUGACAAUAUGUACCUGUUUUUAGUUUAACUAAUUUUUCAUCUAUUGAAUGAUAUUGAUUUUAGUGUGCCUUGUCAAACUAUGAUUACUUUAUAUAGUUGUAAUAUGAGAGAAUUUUGAAGAUUCCUAGUUCUCAUUAGAAUAGGAUUCCUUGUACUCCAAGAUUAUGUACUUGUACUCCUUAUAUAUUGGGGCUCCUAUUAUCAAUGAAAGAUACAACUAUUCUCUAA